AUGCCCUACAUAGUAGCCAGCGCGCUGGGGCCCCUAGCUCUCACUGUCGCGACCCUUGCAGCCCGUGCGCUGCCCCUCCGACCGCGCUGCCCCUGCAGCCGUGCUCGCCCCUACGACCGCGCUGCCCCUGCAGCCGUGCUCGCCCCUGCAGCCGUGCUCGCCCCUGCUACCGUGCUGCCCCUGCAGCCCCCGUUCACGCUCCCCCUGCAGCCCGUUCACGCUGCCCCUGCAGCCCGUUCACGCUGCCCCUGCACCCUGCGCGCAGACCUACCGAGCCACGCGUCGCCUCUGCAGCCCGUCCGCGCGGCCCCUGCAGCCCGCGCGUCGCCCCUGGAGCCCGUGCGCCGCCUCUGCGGCCCGUUCACGCCGCCCCUACAGCUCGCGCGCAGACCUGCUGAGCCGAGCGUUGCGCUCUGUUGCAGCUCGCGCGUCGCGCCCUAA